GUGAGCUAAGUGCUGACUGCGUAAUUUUAGUGUUCAAAAUACCUAAAUUUAUUUGAUUAUUAUUUUAUAUCUAACAAACACACUAUAGUGCAAUUUGAUAUCAAAACCUAUUAAUUUAACAGUGUAAAUAAUUCAUUAACAUACUAAUAUGAUUUGUAAAGGUUAACUAUAAAAAAUUAAAUAAAAUGAUUUUAAAUGUGUCUAGGCAGUGGAUAUUUAUUUAAGUGCAAUAAUAUUUGAGAUAUCGUGUCUGGACUCUGGUGUUCACAAACAUUAAAAAUGUAUUCAUUUGAGGGCGACUUUAGGCGUAAGCCUCAACAGAAUCUUGCAGGCGCUAGUGGUCAGCGCAAGACAGAUAGAGAUUCUCUUAUACACCAGACACAAUUACAGCGGCAAAAGCGAGAGGAACAUAGAAAAAGACUAACUAGUGCUAUUAAAAUACAAGCUUUUGUCCGUAGCUAUUUAACCAGAAAGCAUUGUAAAGAAUAUGAAAGGCAGUUUUUUGAUAGCAUGUUUACUCAGAUGGGUGAAGAUCCAACGUUAUUAUCAAAUCUUAUUGCCAAAAUGUUAUUGUUCUAUGAUGACAAUGCAGAUUUGAAUAGACUAAUAUCAAUAUCACAAGUAAUAUUGAAACAAUGGCAAAAAUUAUAUCAGAUAAAUGGAUCCUCAAUUCAAAUAAGACGUUUAUUGGUGUUACACUUAAGAUUGUUGCAUGAGGAUUCAGAGGUGCCUUUGGCUGUUCCAUUGAGAAUGUUUGAAGUUUUCACAUCAAUAAAAACUCUGAGUAUGUUUAUGUGUCAAGAGGAUGCCAUAAAUGACGUGGGACACACAUUUCUAUACCUAAUUAAAAGAGGCUAUUUUAGGGAUCUACUAAAACUGAUAUGCAGACGAACUCCACCAAUGUAUGGACCAUCUCCAAAUCCUCCAACACCUCUAUGUGGUGCACUGCUUGAACUUAUACAGAGGCCUUUAUGUCUUGCUACACAAGUAAAUCUACCUGACUAUGAUAAUGAAGUCCUAAUGGAAUUCACAGCUGCAUAUCUCUGCAACCCAUACCCAGAACCUGUUGAAAUGUUUAUUCUACCAGCAUUAGCAAAUGACGUGAACAGACGUUUCCCGUUUGUGCCUUUGAUAAAUUGUUUACAAGAUGAUGCCAAGUACGAUAGUGGGAGAUGUAUCAAUGAUUCGUGGUUACUACAUUCCGUUUUAAUGUUGGAGCCGGUGGGUUUCGUGGGCGAACUGAAUAAAGCAAUUGCAGAUGGCACACGACUAGCCCAUAACAGAACAGUUCUCAAUUACCUGCAUGUGCUAGCCAAACUUACUGUUAAUGUAUGUAACAAACAAAUUACAUAUGAAUACCAGGACUCAUUAUAUAGCCAAGAAACCACAGCUGAUAAUGAUGACAGCGACAGUGAACCUGAACCUAAUCCCACUUCAGUUAGAGAGCAAAAUCUCUUGACAAAGUGUAUUGAGACUCUGAAUGAGCAGGAGAGAUGUGUCAUGAAGGUUUGCUCUCAGAUUGUCGAGAGUGAUUUGAGCGACGAAUUUCUUGAUUAUGUGUCACAAAUAUGUCAUAAUCUCCUUUUAAGUCACAGGAUGGCGUUACAUAAAUAUAGAUUAUUAUACUCUUUAGCUUUUAAACCAAUAUUCCUAAGAGGCCUGUGGCAAUGGCUCGCCAGCAUGAACCAUGAGUCAUGGUUCGGUAGAUCUAACACGCCAUUGAUAUCGGCGCUGUCCCGGGGGCUGGGUGCGGACACCUCGGUGAUAGGAGUGAACAAACUACUGGCUCCCCUGGCUGUAUUCUGCGCGCUUUUCACACUGUUGAUUGGGACUCUACACGACACAGAAUUCUUUAGGGACACAGAUGGCGCUGAUAAAAUAACAGUACCAUCGGUGAGCACGUUGGGUCGCGUGCACGCCUUCGACUUCUCCGAGCUGAGCGGGCUGUGUCGCACGCUGAAGCAAGUGUGCCUCGGACUCGUCGAGCUGGUCUACCCGGACACCAGGCCCGCAGUCGUCGCCCAGUUCCGGGACGCGGGGGGGACCCUCGAUGACGUCACAGGCAAGAGCUUAACACCUGCCUGGUCACAUUUGUUUAAGGUGUGCACGCAGCUCCUGCGCGCGCUGUACGAGCGAGACAGUCGUCUCCAGUUCAGCGGCGGCGUGUCGUGGUCCACGCCGGGUGCUGGAGGUCUUCCCGCCGCCGCGUCAAUGGCCGUGCGAGCGCGACACUCCCGCCCUCUCGCGCCAAUCGCACAAGAAGAAGGACCGCCCCUUACAACCAAAGAGCUGAGGACUGCGACGAUACUGCGGGAGAUUCCAUUCGUUGUUCCGUUCUCAACUAGAGUUCUCAUCUUCCAGGACUUACUACUCAGAGAGAAGACUGAUAAUGCGUAUCAAGUUACAAAUUUCAACUAUAGCGCAUCCAUUAAUAUUAGAGUCCGACGAACACAUCUAUAUGAGGACGCAUUCGAAUCACUAAGCCCAGAUAAUGAACCAAAUUUGAAAUUAAAGCUUAGAGUUCAGCUGAUAAACCAGGCUGGUGUUGAGGAGGCUGGAGUGGAUGGUGGCGGUCUGUUCAGAGAGUUUCUAUCUGAGCUGCUCAAGUCGGCAUUCGACCCCAACAGAGGUCUCUUCAGGUUGACCAGAGACAAUAUGCUGUACCCCAAUCCGGGGGUCAAUUUGCUCUAUGAAGACUUCCCUAUGCAUUACUACUUCGUUGGACGUAUGUUAGGAAAGGCCUUGUACGAUAAUCUAUUGGUGGAGCUGCCGCUUGCGGAGUUCUUCCUGGUGAAGCUGUGCUCCUCGCGGGAGCCCGACGUGCAUGCGUUGGCGUCACUGGACCCUGGCCUGUACCGCGGCCUGCUCAUGCUGAAGUCGCACCACGCGCAAGAUGUACCGGACCUUGGCCUUGACUUCACCGUCGUGUGCGACGAGCUGGGCGAACAAAGGAUAGAAGACUUGAAACCUGGCGGGUCCAAUAUACCGGUGACUGCUGAAAACAGAAUAGAAUACAUUCACCUUAUUGCUGAUUUUAAAUUAAAUAGACAAAUUCGUGCGCAAUGCGUUGCAUUCAAGCGGGGGCUGACUUCCGUCAUCAACUCGGAGUGGCUACGGAUGUUCUCGUGUCGGGAGCUGCAGCGGCUGAUCUCCGGGGCCGAGGUGGCCAUUGACCUGGAUGACUUGAAGAAGUACACGCACUAUGGUGGUCGUUUCACGGAGGACCACCCUACGAUUAAGAUAUUUUGGAAAGUCGUAUCUGACUUCACGGAUGACCAGAGGCGGCAGCUGCUCAAGUUUGUGACCAGCUGCUCGAGGCCGCCACUUCUGGGAUUUAAAGACUUGGAGCCGCCGUUCUGUGUGCAGUCGGCGGGCUCAUCGGACCGGCUGCCGUCGGCUUCAACGUGCAUGAAUCUUCUCAAGCUGCCGGAGCUGGAGGACCACCAAAUGCUCGCAGAGAAGCUGCUCUACGCCAUCCAAGCAGGCGCCGGCUUCGAGCUCAGCUAGGGAGACACGUUAAAAGGUGUCAACGUGCAAAUGCAAAGAUUCAUCACGAUGUAUCAAGACUUGUCUUAUUUAUAAAAAAAGUUGGAGUUUUAUAAGCGAAUGUAAAUCUCAAUUGUGAUACUGAGCGGGACGAAUGAAUGAAUGAAAUAAUAGUGUGAUGUUUUAUUUUACUUCCAUUUUAUAUCUUCGGAUAACUUGAUGAUCAAUGUUGUAUCAAAUAAUUUAUAUGGAACAGGUGUCAAAUUUCCUUUAAUAAAUAUGUAAAUAUAGUAAAGUUAUUAAGGAAGUAA